AUGAAAUCCUGCAUUCUUUCACUCCAAAGGUUUGUCUACUGGUCAGACUGGGGUAACCCACCUUACAUUGGGCGCAUGGGCCUCAACGGUCAGAACCUCUCCACUGAUUUCAUCACAGAGAAGCUGGGCUGGCCAAACGCACUGACCAUUGACUUUGAGACUGACCGUCUCUGGUGGGCGGACGCACAUUUAGAUAUCAUUGAGUGAGUUGCUGUUGGUUCCGUGAACCAAUCAAACUGCACCUUGUGCAGAUAAUACAUGUCACCUAAAAUAUUCAUUACGGCAUCUUUUAAGAAAUCUUAUCUGGAAUUAUAUGUUCUAUUUAUUUUAAACUGAAAUGUAAUGUUUUGAUAAAAAUUUAUUUACUUUAUUUUUGUUCAAAAUGAAAAUUACUAGCACAUUUGUACUCCCAGAAAACAAAGAAGAAAGCAAACCUGAUUUAACUAAAGGAAAUGAUAUAAUUACUCUGUCAGGGACACUGUCUGACUCUGACCUUUGAAUCUCAUUAAAUAGGAUCUCCAAAUAAUUUUUAUUUUUUUAAUUUGAAAAAAAAACAAACAACAUGCACAGCACUUAGUGAUACAUAUUUUAGUGAAUAAUUUGUGAGCUUUUUUUUUUUUCGUGUUGAAAAAACUACAUUGUAUAUUUCAGAUGAUAAAUAUGUAGCCGAGUGGUGACGUAGCUUACAGUUAAAAUAAAAUCACAAUAAAAAAAUCAGGUCUGAGAACCAUAGCUUUUUAAUGUAAGGUACAAUCCGUUGACAGAGCCGACAGGAAAAUCUCUCACACCUGCCGCCGACCCGACGCACCUGUUCCACACCACAAUCUAAAAAAAUGUACACACUCCAAGUCCCAGUUCGCCCCCCCCCCCCCCCCCCCCCCCCCCCNUAAGGCCAGUACACAGCUGUGUGUUACUUUAAAUGACCAUGGAUGUGUCCGUGCUUGGGGUUACCCAUAGCAGUCACACUAUGACUAUGAGAGUGGAUUCUCUUAUUCCUAUCUGUUCCAUACUGCCGCAUAUAAAAUGUUACCUAAAAGCAGUUGCAAAUAGUGGCACAUUGCCACAAAUACAAUGCAUGAACUUCAAGAGUUCAAAUGAUGAUUAGUUGUUUGUUUCUUUUUAAAUAGAUGAAUAUCAAUUUUGUAAGAAAUAUUACUGAUUUCAGUUUGCAAACACAAUCAGUAUCAAAACACAAUCAGAAUCAAAACACAAUCAGAAUCUGAGCAAAACUAUUUACAGGUAUGUCGGUCUGGACGGCAGCCACCGCCACAUUGUGUUGGAAGGCGUGCCCCAUCCAUUUUCUAUCUCGCUGUUCGAGGACUACAUGUACUGGACGGACUGGAACCACCUGACCAUUGAGAGGGCCAACAAGUUCACCGGUCAGAACCACAAGAUUGUGUGGAACGUCACGCACAGGCCGAUGGAUGUCCACGUCUUCCAUCCGCUCAAGCAGAAACCAGGUAAGUCGCCUGCAUGAAAGUCAUAGGCAUCAAGUCAUUGAUGUGAAUGAAAGCCAUCUCCAGCAAGUGCACUCAUACCAUUGCUGCCAUGGUAAUCCGCCCUUGGUUGGGGGUCUCGGCACUUCGUUGCAGAUUGUCUUUGUUAGAAGAUUCUAUGGGGCUGAUGUAGGCAUUUCCUCUGGAAAACUUUCGGCUUCUGAUGUGAUCUAACAGUGGUUCUCAACAAUUCUGAUCCAUGCAUAGUACUCAAGUUUGCCAGAUAUCAUUAUGAAUAUCAACAUUCUAAAUGCCUGAUUGGCUUUCUGAUACUUGCAUUUUCUAUUUAGUGUCACCAUCUGUUGUGACCUUGCUUCCCAGGUAAGCAAACUCUGUUGCAGCUUCCAAUGCCCUCAUUCUGGAGCCUUCCAAAAUCUUCCUCAAAAUCCAUGAAGACAAGGUACAGAGCUGAAUUGAAAUCUUUAUCAUUAUCUCCCUUGCACUAACCUUGUAACUUCCCUUUUUUCUUAUCCCAGGUGAAAACCCGUGCGGCCCUGGCAAUGGCGGCUGCUCUCAUCUGUGUCUCAUCGCACCUGGGGGUCAGGACUUCACAUGUGCAUGCCCCGAUUUCUUUGUCCUGAAAGCCGAUAAGAAAACAUGCGAGGCCAGGUGCUCUAACUCACAGUUCAGGUGAUUAACCCACAGAACAUUGUAACCAACGUGGCCCCCGAAAUCAAAUGGUUAAUACCUCAUUUAAUGUUGAGUCCUUCCACGUCUACAAAUUGUUUGGGGUCCCCAAACCUUGUUAUACACAAUUAUUUAACAAUGAGUGAAUAAGCUGACCCUGGGGAAAAACAAAGUUUAUAGAUGUAAUUAUCGUUAUUAUAAUUUGAAUAAUACUUUUUGAAAAAAUACUUUAAUUGAAUUGAUAUCUCAUAGGAAGUAAAUAAUAACUUUUUUUAAAUGGUAUUUUUAUAGAAAUAAGAGUAUUACUAUUAUAUUAGCUCUUCACAUCUAUAAUCACAUCAUUUGAAAGUCAUAUGAUCAUGUAAGAACGAUGAUCCAUAUGAAUAUAUCUAUGGUGCAAAAAUUUUAAGUUGUCUUGUUACUAUCAUUUAUGGAUUUCAAAUUUCUCAUAUGAAUUUAAUAUUGUUCACCUGUGAUUGUCAUGCAGCUGGGUGACCAUGUUGCACUUCCCCAUCAUGUACACGUCCUACUUUAACGGGCACCAUUUUACAUCUGACGUCGCAGCUUGGUUCACCAUAGGUUACAUGGCUAUCGCUGCGGAUUAUAGUAUUUGGCUGUGUUACUGUUUAAAUUUUUAAAAAAAUUUAGAAAUAGUCAUUUAACAAAUGAUUUUAUUUACCAUGUAGGUGUGGAAUUACAGACGACCGGUGUAUCCCUCGAUUGUGGAGGUGCGAUGGAGAAAAAGAUUGCAGGGAUGGAUCUGAUGAACCCUCUGAUUGUCGUAGGUUUUUUUUUAAAAUUUUGCCUGAACAGUGUGCAAUAAAUACUUUAAAAAUAAUUUUUGAUCUAAAACGAAGUAAAGCUAUAUGGAUCAUGAAACCAAGCUAAGUCAUUCCUUUUCAUCAAACCACAUAAGAAAUCCUCAUUGCUAAAUGAAAUAACAAGAAUUUUCUCCCUUCCUUCGCCCUCAAGCUGUGACCCACUGCGCCCCGGGCCAGUUCCAGUGCAAGAAUAAGAACUGCACCUUUUCCUUCCGCGUCUGCGACAUGACCGACGACUGUGGAGAUGGAAGCGAUGAGGAGGGAUGCCACAAACACAGCUGUGAAUCGUGGCAGAUGAAGUGCGACAACGGGAAAUGCGUUCCCAAGGCCUGGGUGUGUGACUCCGAGGACGACUGUGGCGACAAGACGGACGAGAGAAGUUGCAGUAAGAUUUAUUUUAGUUUUCAUCGAGAUCUCGCCACCAUUACCAUUGAACAGAUAUGUCACAUCAUCCCAAUGCUUAAACGAGGCCUGGGAUCUUCUGCAAUUAGAUUUUCAAUUUACAAGCCUAAAUUUGGGCCACUGAAAUUAUUAAAUUUUUUACAUUAAUAAAAUUAAGUUCUGAAUGAUUCUCUAAAAUGUUCACUCUAAAUUUUGGUUUAUGCUUAAUUCACACAAUCAAAUUUUUGUCAAAUUUCUGUUUGAACCCACUAUUUUGAAUUACCAAAUAGUGCGUUCAAAAAGAAAUUUUAUGAAAAUUUGAUCCUGUGAAAUGAGCAUUUGAGACAAAACAGUAUUAAAAAAAAUAUUGUGAUUGAAGUACAUUAAUGUCAUCAAAGUUUGGUUUUAGAAUGAAAUGGGUGACAGUCAUCCAUCAUCAUAAAAUAUCCCAUCUGAUGGCACAUGAUCAUGCUCUCUGACCCCAGCCAACACCACCUGCAAGCCCAGCCAGUUCAGGUGUGACAACGGCAACUGCAUCCAGGCCAACUGGAAGUGUGACUUUGACAAUGACUGCGGGGAUAACUCGGAUGAGAAACCAGAGUAUCACUGCGGUAAGAGAAAGAUAAAUUAG